ACACGUUGGUGACCUUUCCCUUAAGACCCUUAAGACCGUUUGUGUGUUUGCGGCGAAAGAAUACGUCGAAAAAAGUGUAAGAAUACGUCGUAAAUGCGAUAUUCAUGUUUCACAACUUGCUGUGAGAGUCGAGUUGAACAGGCGUACGGACGUCAGAUCGCACGAGACACCAGGACCGACUUAACUAUCAUAAAACAUGGCUAACCAAGGCGUUCAGAAGUACUUUUUCCACACCAAGAACGCCGUGACAUCUGGGUGGAAGGACCUCGCCGAUUGUCUGGAAUUCGACUACCCAGAAAUCAGCAACAUAGAAGGCAGGAACCGGGAUGACAAGGCUCGCUGUAUGGACCUGUUACAUGAGUGGAAGAAGAAGAAGGGAAACGCUGCCACUACAGAGGUCCUGAUGAAGGCUCUGUAUAAUGCCGAUCUAGCGGGGAUUGUGGAUGCUUUGGUGGGUAGAUAUCCUGAGUUAGCAGUGUACCAGAUGCCACCAGUACAACCUCCAAGGGAGCAACCUACUAUGGUGCAGCCUCACCCAGCACCAAGGGUACAACCUAGUCAGGUGCCAAGGAGGCAACCUAGUCAUUGGGAUGAGCCAGCAAGUCAAGGUGAAAAAAAGUUGUUUAUCGUCCAUGGAGGAGAGGACAAGGACACCCUGGUUGAACCACUGGCACAGGAGAUUGUACAGCAAGGAAUGCCCCGGGAAAAUGUCUUCUUCGACAAGUGGUCCAUCGGGCACACGCAGGGCAUUAAACAGUCCAUAGCCUCAGCCAUUCAUGAUAGUUCCUGUAAGCUUGCUGUCAUAGUGAUCAGCGAAGAUAUGAUGAAGAAAUACUGGCCCAAGAAAGAGUUUGAGGAGUUUCUGAAGCGAGGGAUAAGAUUUUUCCCGAUUUUCUACGGCGUGAACCCUGCAGACGUUCGAACGAGUUAUUCGCCAACGCUGGCCGAUACUCGCGGGAAGGAAAUUCCCAGAACAGGGCACAGAGUGGAUGGAGCCUUGAUAGCAGGGACUGCAAACGAGAUCCUAACAGUCCUUCAGGAGUUGGGGGGUAGCUAUACAUGUAGCCAAGAUGUGAUGAUGAAGUAUUUCAAAGUCAUCGCCAAAGAGAUGCCGGCAGACUGGAAAGAGCUGGCACUGAACCUCGGUGUCCCCUGGGCCCAGAUCAAGGCAGUCAACCUACACAACUCAGCUGACCCCUGGACUUCUUGUCACGAGGUACUGGACAUGUGGCGCAAAACCAACGGCAGAGACGCAACCAAGGAAGACUUGAUAAAGGCUGUGAGUGAAACAGGCAACCAAGAAGUUGCAGAAAAGCUGAAAGAUCUGUAACUGGACUGUUACAUAUAAAUGAUAUAUUUGUACAUUGAUACCAGUUUUAUCUUUGCUGUUUUUGCUUGCUUGUAAACCAUAGCUCAACAAUUGUUUAACAAGAGCCAAUGUUUUUUGAGCUUGUAUAUUAUACCGAUCAAGUAAAUACAUGUAUUACCGGUAUGGUUUAUGACUUACCUGAGAACAUACAUGUAGUUUUAUG